AAUUAUAUCCUGUUGUCAGAGUCAACAAUGGUGGGAACGAAGACUCCCAGGGGUUUGGACCAUUUUCAUACAUUAACAUCAAUGCUUCGUUUGUUUGAAAAUGUAGUUAUUUAAAUUGUCAGUUCAGUGUUGCUGAAUACAUUAAACUUACAAAAGAGAAAAUAUGGAGCACAGGCUUAAAAUUCAUUUGGAAUUGCUGAAGCAGCACUCUGUACAGACAAGUCACAUUUACUUUCAAGUAGAGUAACAAAAAGCUUGGCAGUCUCAACUCAGCAGAGCAACUUUAUUUGUUGUGUUUGUUGAGCUUCAUUUCCUCCUACCCUCCCUCCCCCAGUUUGAGAUUUGCAUGCUGAGCAACAGGUUCUCUAGCUGAAUAAUAAAAGUGUAUAAAGUAAAAGAAUGUAGUCUUGUAAAGUAUUUCCUCUGGAAGGAAGUAAGACGUAUGUUAUAAUAUGUUACAACUGAGCUUUGACGCCUGAAGGUUUAGGGGAAAAAAAAGAUAAAACUUGGCUUUUCUCUUACAGUCUUGCUAUCUAGCUCUGAGUUCCUAUAGAAGCACAUUGUUUUGUUCGGCUUGCAAGAGGCAGGAUGUUGAAGUAGAAAAAAAAGGUGGUUAUACAUGCUGUGGCUCUGAGUUAGUUGGUAGUUGUUUAUGUGGCUAGUUUUGUUGGCCUGUAUGAGAAUACUUCAAAAAAAAUCUUUGGAAAAAUGGAAUUAAAAGGUAAGUUUAUUUUGGUGCCCAAGUUUUUGAAAUCCAUGUAUAGUCUUUCAUAAUACACAUUUUCCAUGAGUUUUUGAAAGUCCCCUUGUAUGUUUUUCUCAAUUUGAGUUUUUAUUUCCAUGUUGAUGAUCAAAGGAAACCUGAGAAAACAAUUUUACAUUUAUAAGUAAUACAAUACUUUAUUUGUGUAAAUGGUUCUUAAAAAAGAAAUUGGCGACCGGUGUUGUGGCCUAGCAGAUAAAGCCACCGCCUGCAGUGCCUGUAUUCCAUGUGGGCACUGGUUUGAGUCCCAGCUGCUCCACUUCCAAUCCAGCUCUCUACUAUGGCCUGGGAAAGCUACUGGCUCCUGGCUUCAGAUAGGCACAGCUCUGGCCAUUGCCACCAAUUGGGAAGAGAACCAACGACUGGAAGAUCUCUCUUUCUCUCUCUCUCUCUCUCUUUCUCUCUCUCUCUCUGUGUAACUCUGACUUUCAAAUAAAAAAAUCUUAAAAAAAAAAAAAAGAAACGGAAUCUAGAGUAAAUACUAUAUUCUUCUAUUCAUUUUUAAGUCUCUUCUUUAAAUGUAUAUUUUCAAAGAUGGAUUGAUACAGGUGGAAUUAUGAAUUUUAGCAUUAGAAAAGUUGAUCCAAUUUAAUAUCCUAAUUUAUGUUUGGGCCCAUUUUGACACCCCCAAGCACAGUUUUUACAUAUAGUGUGUGCUCAGUAACUGGUUUUGGUUUAGAGAUAUAUUUAUCAAAUUGAAUUUCGUUGUAUCAUAGUAAGACAUGCUCUUCUGUUUAAAAACUUAAGUGUCAUGAAAAAAAUCAAUUCGUUGAUGAAUUCAGUAGUAUUAGUGCUACUGUUUCUAUAGCCCUCUGCUCUCUACUUCACAGUUCUGCAUUCAGACACUGCCACCUUCAUGUCUUCUUCCUGUCUCUCCUGGUAGUUUCACCUCAUAGUCAGUGAGGAGGUCUGCUUGGAGGAUGCUUUUUGUCACCCAGCAUUUUAAGAUCAGUGUGUAUGCUGUGAAGUGUGACAUAAAUGAGCUUGAUUACCAGAAGUAAAGUACCUGGAAACCACAAACAUGAUAAAUUACAUUUAAUCUCCUGGAAAAAAGCAAUCUCAAAUCAAUAAAUCUUCAUGUUUUUAUUUUUUAUAUAUCAACUUUGUUCUUAAAACUAAUAUAUGAAGCUGAUCGUUUUAUAGAGGAUACAUUUCUUCCACUAAACUGCAUUAUAACUGCAGUGUUAUUUUCCAAAAGAUGAAAUUGUAGCCUAAAACUCUUUUGAAAACCCCUCUCACCCAUACUAUUCACUGAGAGACAUUCUGCUCACAAGUGGGCAGUCAAUCCAUAAGAAGUAAACAUCUUAAAGUAAUCUACAAGUAAGUUAUUCUUAUUAUUUUGGGUCUUCAGAAUCUGGGACUUAGUAACAGAAUUGACUUUAUCAGAUUUAACCAGAGAUUACCAGCUGGAAGAGAUACUUGGAAGUGGUCUCCUAAGCAGAACUUAGUUAAUUGUACUUUCAUGGUGCUUAAAGAAAGGCCUUCAUCCAAUUCAGAUGGUAUAAGGAUGAUCUUUCUUCCAGUCAUGAGAAAAAUAAUUUAGCUUGGUUUAAUAAUUUCUGAAAUGGAACUUAAUCAAGGACUAGAUGUAAUUCAGGUUUAACAAUUAAUUUAUGACUUGGAAUUUUGUUUUAACAAAGAACAUGUGGCUAUUUUUGGUCCCCUAGAAAACCAGACUUCAUAUAAUUAGCAAUGUGUGGGAAAAGGUUGAGCUGUUACAAAUUAUAAAGCCUUUGACUGGUUAUAUACAAGCAGAUAGAGCCAAUUUUAUACAAUAGGGUUAACAUGUGGUACUCAAAUUAUAAUUAUUGAACUUUUGGCACUAGUGUGUUAAGGAAUCAAGCUUGAGUAAUAGUAGAUGUGUAAUGACUUUUGCUACUUUAUAAAAAAGAAAAUUCUCAUGACUAAGAUCCUAGUGAUAAAAAUAAGGUUUAUUCUAGUGACUUUUUUGUUUUUUUCUGGUGGGUUGAUAAUGUAAUUUCCUAGAAAUAUGACCUCAUGCUCCAGAUAGGCCAGUCACCUUGUCCUUUUUGUGUGAUUUUAGUCUGUGCUUCUGAGGUAGUUCAGAAAUCUUGAUCCUUGUUGGUAAUAGAAAUCUAAGUCACAUCUCCUUUCGGACAGAAAGUUAGCAGUAUGAUAGGUUCAAAGUACUAAUUUUUAGUAUCUCCUAAAAUGUUAUUUACUUAUUUUUUAAAGAUUUUUUUUUUAUUUACUUGAAAGACAGGGUUACAGAGAGAGAUAGGGACAGAGAGAGAGGUCUUUCUGCUCGUUCACUUCUCAAAUGGCUGCAACAGCCAGUCCUGAGCCGGUCCAGAGCCAGGUGCUUCUUCCUCAUCUCCCACACGGGUACUGGGGCCCAAGGACUUGGGUCAUCCUUCUCUGCUUUCCCAGGUGCAUCAGCAGGGAGCUGGAUCAGAAAUGAAGCAGCCAGAACUCAAACUGGCACCCAGAUGGGAUGCCAGCACUGCAGGCUUUACCCGCGAUGCCACAGUGGCUAUCCCUUAUUUUUUUAUUCACUGCCCACAUGCCUACAACAUCCUGGUGGGAGCAGGGAACUUCUGUGUGGGCGGCAAAAAUUCAAUUACUUGAGCUAUCCCACUACUUCCCAGGGUCUGGAUUAGUAGGUGGUAGGUAUGGAAUCCAAGAACUUCAGUAUGGGAUACAGGUCAAGUGCAUGUCCACAAAGUACUAACUUUUAAAGAAAAUUAAGAACAGAAAGCUUUACUUUGAAAAUUAUUGCUUGCUCUGUCAGUAAUCAAUCAAGUGAAAUCGUAUGUAAACUCUAAAAGCUUUUUAGAACUUAUUAAGGGAAACAGUAUAUGGAUUUUUUUUCUUUAUCCUUCGAGAUCCUUUUCCUGGAAAUUAUCAUUAUUGGCUAGGUAUAACAAACUGUUUUAUUUUCUUAUUUUUAGUUUUUAUUUAUUUUCAUUUUAUUUGAAAAGCAGAGAGAAAGUUAUCUCAUCCAGUGGUUCAUUCCCCAAUAUGACUGCAACAGCCAGGGCUGGGAUAGGCCAAAGCCGAGAGCCUAGCACUCAAUUCCAAGUCUCCCACAUAAGUAGCAGGGACCCAGUCCCUGGAGCCCUCAUCUCUGCCGUGCGUGUCUGUUACCAGGAAACUGGAAGCAGAGCCAGAACUCAAACUCAAGCACUCCAAUACAGGAUGCAGGUGUCUCAGGCAGCAUCCUAACUGCUGAGGGUCAGAUGCUCACCCCACAAACGGUUUUAUUUAAAACAGAUGUUUAUUGGCUCCACUGUGAAAACAAAAAGUUUAUUCAUGUUUCUUUGCCUCUAAUAUAAAUACAUAAAUUUUAAAAUAUUCCUCUAUUUGAUUUUAACUAUGAUAAGUAAGAAUUUUUAUCACAUGCACUUCCAUAUUUAUAAGCAUGAAGGAUAAUCCUGUUUUUAGAUAGGGCCCUAAAAUGAAAGUAAUACUUUAAUUAUUUAUUAAAAAAUAUUUGAGAUUAAAGUCUUCUGUGUAUCUCUCAAAUGAUUUUUUUAGAUACUUGGCUUCAAAUUGUUUUCAUCUCUGUUUAGUCUUGUUCUUUAUAAUUUCUUUUUUUUUUUUUUUAAGAUUUAUUUAUUUAUUUGAAAGGCAGAGAGCCAGAGAGAGAAUAGUCUUCCAUCCACUGGUUUACUCAUCAAAUGGUUGCAACAGCCGGAGCUGGGCUGAUCCAAAGCCAGGAGCCUGGAGCCUCCUCCUCCGGAUCUCCCAUGUGGGUACAGGGGCCCAAGGAGUUGGGCCAUCUUCUACUGCUUUCCCAGGCCACAGCAGAGAACUGAUUGGAGUAGAGCAGCCAGGACAAGAAUCAUUACCCAUAUCGGAUACCAGUACCACAGGCAACAGCUUUACCCACCAUGCCACAGUGCCGGCCCCUCUUUAUAAUUUCUACCACGUGUAAUUGGUUAGAGCAAAAUAGUCCAAUCACUUAUUAAACUAAAAUUUAUUGGGGAUACCUGUUCUUCCUGAUCCCUCCUUAGGUCUAUACUUGUCAUAAGUUUCUUUUUUCAAUGCCAGUUUUAUCUAAAAUUUAAUGGCUUCCUAUUUCCAACCAUGUGCAGUAUUCUGCCUGCUGGUUCCGUCAUUACAGUGUUACUUCCCACUUCAGACUGGACAGACUCUGUGCCAACAAUGACCUCUUUUUUUUGUUUUAAGGUUUUAUUUAUUUUUAUUUGAGAGGUAAAGUUAUAGACAGUGAGAAGGAGAGACAGAGAGAAAGAUCUUCCUUCCGUUGGUUCACUCCCCAAAUGGCCACUAUAGUCAGAGCUGAGCUGAUCCGAAGCCAGGAGCCAGGCAUUUCCUCUCGGUCUCCCAUGCGGGUGCAGGGGCCCAAGGACUUGGGCCAUCUUCCACUGCUUUCCCAGGCAACAGCAUAAAGCUGGAUGGGAAGAGGGGCAGCCAGACUAGAACCGGUGCCCAUAUGGGAUCUCGGCACUGCAGUUGGAGGAUUAACCUAUACCACAGUGCCAGCUUUAUUCAUUAUAUCUUCAUUAAUACUUAUUGAUUGGUUUCUUUCCAUUCAUUUCUUAGGGGUCUACAUAUAUAUUUUUAAAAGGCUGGGUAUUUUCCAUAUAUAUUAAAUAUAUAAAAUAUAAAUAAAUAUAUCAAAUAUAUUUAAUUUUAGGAUAGUUUUAUUUUUAAUAACCUUAAGAUGUCGUUCUAUAGCAUCUUAAAGGCCAGUUUGCAUUUGAGAGCUGCUCUGUGAAUGUAGUGCCUCUAUUAGCAUUUACUAUCACAUUUACAAUUGCAUUCAUCUGUAACUGAAUGAUAUCUGUGUUCUGUGGAGAUGAUUUCACAGUAGUUUGAAUAGAAACACAUGCUGACUGGCUUGGUUUCCAUGUGGUACCUGGUAGUGGAGACUUUCUGAACUCAAAAAAACCUUUACCAUUUGAGCAGUUGUACUGAAUCCUAUUUUGUCUGUACUGAAUCCUAUUUUUGUCAGAUAACUGAUAGAACAAUAGUUCUCAUGCAAGGAAAAAUGUUUCUAUUUCCAGUUUCAAUAUUUAGCAGAUUAGAUGUUCAAUAACCCAUUUUAUGCAUAUUUCUAAUAAUACCACAUUAACUUUCACAUCAACAAGGAGUUUUAUAAAAUUAUUAGCUGAUACUUUAUUUAAAUUGUUAUUGUUGGACUGUGCUCUGCAAAAUUUUGGUUAAUUUUGAGGCCCAAAUAUCCUGAACCAAACUCUGAGUUAAUGUUUUAUGUAAUUGUGAACAGGCUUUCUUCACAUUAUUAGCAUUGAAAUCAUAUGCAGAAACAGAUUAAAUAUAGAAUUAGUGCUGAGGCUACAGCUUUAUACAGUAAACCAAAUGUCAGCAGUUUUGUUUUAGUAAAUUAAUAUUGUUUUUAUUCUGUUAUUCUCUUUAAAAAUUCAUUUUGAUUGUAAACUUAAAGCAUCAGCAUUUAUACUAAUUUUAUACUUGUUAGGUAUUAAAGUAACAUAAUAAAACUAGUUUCUUUGAUUACUGAGAGUCCCUGACUUUUUUUGUUCUACUAAAGAAAGCCUGUAUUGUAGUUUCAGAAUCCCUGGUCUGUGCCUUAUUGAAUAGUGUAUACUUUUCACCUAGAUUAUUUUAGACUCCGAAUUCUUGGGUUUUGAUGAAGAAGAAUGAGUUCAUAAAAUAAGUCUUCAUAGAACUACUAGGAUGACUUACACCUUUUAUUUUUGCAAAGCACUAGUGGACAGCUGGGCCUUAAAGAGGGCCAGAGAACCCAGAGAUUUGAUUCCCAGUCAACUGGUGACAAAGGGUUUCUCAUUGACCAAACUCUUCUCAAUCUCCUUCUGAAGUCUCUAUUCAACUAAGCUUUAACUUUUGGACUUUGGUAUUUUUAUUGCAUGUGAGAUAUUUUUAAUAUUUAAAAACACCUAAUUUGUUAUUAAAAUUCAGUAUAGUGACUGUUCUCGCUUUAUCUUGACAAGAUAACUAGCAUGAAUUUGUAUAUUUAUUUGUGUUCCUUUUACUAGUCCUAUACCAGGUCUGGAAAGUACAUUGCAAUGGUCACCAGAAUCUUCCCCAAUAUGGCAUAGAGGGAAAGUAAUAAGUUGGCUUAUUAUAAUAGCAAUAAUAGGGGCAAGAUUUUAGUGCCACAGUCAGGAUCGAGCCCCAGUUCUGCUUCCCUUUCCAGCUUCCUGCUUAUACCCUGGGAGGUAACAGAUGAUGGCUCAAGUAGCUGGCUCCCUGCCCCCUACGUGGGAGACCUGGAAUGAGUUCUAGGCUCUUGACUUCAGUCUGGCCCAGCCAUGACUGUUAGAGGCAAUUGGAUAGUGAACCAGCAGACAGGAGAUCAAUCUCUUUCUAUCUCACUCUCACUGUCUCUGUUUUUCAAACAAAGAAAAAUACAUAUAUUUUCAAAAUAAAGGCAGUAAUAAUGGACAUAUAUUGGGGUCCUGGCCUGAAGCGCCGGCAUCCCAUAUGGGCACCGGUUCAAGACCUGGCUGCUCCACUUCCUCUCCAGCUCUCUGCUAUAGCCUAGGAUAGCAGUAGAAGAUGGCCUAAGUCCUUGGACUCCUGCACCCGCAUGGAAGACCCGGAAGAAGCUCCUGGUUCCUGGCUUUGGAUCAGCACAGCUCUGGCCGUUGCAGCCAAUUGGGGAGUGAACCAUCAGAUAGAAGACCUCUCUCUCUGUUUCUACCUCUCCUCUGUCUGUGUGACUCUUUCAAAUAAAUAAAUAAAUCUUUAAAAAAAAUUGACAUAUACUAAGUAUGGAGAUGUAAAGUGUUUUACUUGGAUUUUCUUGUUUCAUCUUCACGGCAGCCCUAAAAUGUGUAGAUAUUCUUUUGAAAGAGUUACAGAGGGACCGGUGCCGUGGCUUACUUGGUUAAUCCUCUGCCUGCAGCACUGGCAUCCCAUAUGGGUGCCGGGUUCUAGUCCCGGUUGCUCCUCUUCCAGUCCAGCUCUCUGCUGUGGCCCGGGAAGGCAUUGGAGAAUGGCCCAAGUGCUUGGGCCCCUGCACCCACAUGGGAGACCAGGAAGAAGCACCUGGCUCCUGGCUUUGGAUCAGCGCAGUGCUGGCCGUGGCAGCCAUUUUGGGAGUGAACCAACAGAAGGAAGACCUUGCUCUCUGUCUCUCUCUCUCACUGUCUAACUCUGUCUGUCAAAUAAAAAAAAAAAAAGUGUUACAGAGAGAGGUAGAGCUGGUUCCACUCUCCCACAACAGCCAGAGCUGAGUUGAUCCGAAGCUGGGAGCCAAGAGCUUCCAGGUCUCCCACGUGGGUGCAGUUGCCCAAGGACCUGGGCCACCACAGCACUGUCUCCCUUUAGUUUGUUCUUUUUCACAAAUGAGGAAAGUGAGAUUUGAAAUAUUAUUUUAAAAGAUUAAUUUAUUUAUUUGAAAGAAUUAACAGAGAAUCUUCCAUCCACUGGUUCACUGCACAGAUGGCCACAAUGGCCAGAGCUGGGGUGAUCUGAAGCCGGAAGCUUCUUCUAGGUCUCCCACAUGGGUUCAGGGACUGGAAGACUUGGGCCAUCUUCUACUGCUUACCCAUGUGUAUCAGCAGGGAGCUGGAUGGGAAGUGGAGCAGCCAAGACUCAAACCGGUGGAUGUAUGGGAUGUCAGCAUUGCAGGCAACGGCUUCACCCACUACACCACAGUGUAGUGUUAAAUGUUAAAUGUAGUGUUAAAUGUUUUGACUAAGGUCUUUUUUUUUUCUUUUUCUAAGGUCUUUUUGACUGCAGGGUUCACACUGUAGCCUCCGUAUAUUCCUUCCUCUGUUUGAUAAUAUAUUAAUUCAAAGCCCUUCACAAUAGAAGUCUCUUUAGAAUAUAGUCUAUUAGACCCUGUUCCGAAGUUAUUGAGAAUCAAAAUGGUAGGGAGAAAAAUUCGUUUAGAAAGUAUAACCUGGGGCCGGUGCUGUGGCAUUGUGGGUGGAGCCUCUGCCUUUAGUGCCAGCAUCCCAUGUGGGCGCCAAUUUGGGUCUCAGCUGCUCCACUUCCAAUCCAGCUCUCUGCUGUGGCCUGGGGGAGCCGUGGAGGAUGGCCCGGGUACUUGGGCCCCUGCACCCGUGUUGGAGACCCUGAGGAGGCUCCUGGCUCCUAGCUUCGGAUCUGGCUGUUGUGGCCGGAUGGGGAGUGGGCCAGCAGAUGGGAGACUUCUCUCUCUCUCUCUCUCUCUGCUUCUCAUCUCUCAGUAUAACUGUGACUUCAAAAUAAAUAAAUAAAUCUUAAAAAAGAAAAAAGGUAUAACUGAGGGGCUGGCAUUUGGCCUAGCACUUAAGACACCACUUGGCAUGCCUGCGUCCCAUAUCAGAGAGCCUGCCUGGAUUCAAGUCCUGGAUCCAGUUCCCAUUUCACCUUCCUGCUCAUGUUUACCCUGGGUCUGUGAGGAUGAGCGCAAAUGCUUAGGUCUCUUCCACUCACAUGAGAGAUUUAAACUGAUUUUCUAGCUCCUAGCUUCAGCCUGUCCCUGCUCCAGCUGUUGCAGUCAUUUAGGGAAUGAGUCAACUGAUAGAAGAAUUCUCUCUCAUUCUCUCUCUCUCUGCCUUUCAAAUAAAUACUUGAAAAGCUUUUAGGGGCCUGUGUCUGCAGUUCUGGCAUCCCAUAUGGGUGCCGAUUCAAGUUCAGCUGCUUUACUUCUAAUCUAGCGCUCUGCUAUGGCCUGGGAAAGCAGUAGAAGACGGCCCAAGUCCUUGGGGCCCUGCACCUGCAUGGGAGACCGGGAAGAAGCUCCUGGCUCCUUCCCGGCUUCGGAUCAGCAUAGCUCCAGCUGUUGCGGCCAUUUGGGGAGUGAAGCAGCAGAUGGAAGACCUCUCUCUCUUUCUUUCUUUUUCUUUCUCCCUCCCUCCCUCCCUCCCUCUCUUUCCCCCUCUGUGUCUCUCUCUGCCUCUGUGUAACUCUGCCUUUCAAAUAAGUAAAAUCUUAAAAAAAAAAAAAAAAAAGUAAUGGAAGGAAAACUGUUUGAAAUUGGAGGAAAAGUUCUAACACCAGAUGUGGAGGGGUGGGCCUAAUCACGUAGGUCACACGUAGAUGUUUGCUGUGGGUUUUUAACUUUUGUUUUGUAAAAAAGAUUUAUUUAUUUGAAAGGUAGAGUGAUAGAGAAAAAGAGAAAUUUUCUGCCAUCCUCUGGUUUACUCCACGAAUUGUGGCUACAACCAGGGGCUGGGCCAGGUGAAAUCAGAAGCCAGAAACUCCAUCUGGGUCACCCAGGUGGGUGGUAGCAGGAACUCAAGUACUUGAGCUGCCAUCCACUGUUUCCCAGGCACAUUAGCAGGGAAAUGGGUCAGAAGCAGAGCAACCAGGACUGGAACCAGCAGUUCUAAUGAGGAGUGUGGGUGUCCCAUGCAGCAGCUACUUGACGUGCUAUGCCACAAUACCCACCCACAUGUUUGUGUAUUAUAUGUGUCUGUGUGCUAAGUUUACCUGAACACUUUUGUUUGCAUUAACCAAACUCUUAUUUGCACUAACCAAGUGUUCUCACUGUUGGAGUCUGGCAUAGGCAAAUAUAAAAACUCUCAUUGUGCUCAAAUUGUUCCCUAAUAUGACUGCAUCCAUAUUAUUGGAACAAUUUCACAUUUCCAAAACAAGUGUUAUGGCAAAACCAGCUGUCUUCUUGAAACAGAUUGUGAUGUUUGCCCAAUCAGUUGAUAAAAACAUGAGUCUUACCUUUUUGCUUACUGCUUAUGGGUGGGGUGAGGAAAAUAACCAAAUAGAAGAUGACUUAAAAGUAUCUAAUUUGAGAAACGAGACACUAGAACUGAAAUGAUAACCUUUAAUCUAUAGCAGGUGGUCUGUAUGAGCUGAGACUAAACAUGACCCUCUCUCUAGAGCUAGGAUAAGCUCACCUUCCUUUAGCACAUGUGAGAAAUAAAGGGUGGUUACUGAACAAAAGUUGCCUCUUAGCAAAGAAAAUGGCAGUGCUAUUGGUUAGGCAGCUAAUCUCCUCAACUUAUUUGUGUUCAGUAAAUUAAAGUUCCAGCCUUUUGAGUUCAUGAAAAACCCAAAGACUGAAAUAGGUUUCUUCUCCAAAAAACAUCUUAUUUUUUGGCUAAUAGUAGUCUACUCCUCCCCUUUCAAGCCUUCUUUUCAUUUUGAGUGUCAUUAUGAAAUACCCUGGCCUUACUGGUCCUUUUUUCUCCACUGUCUUCAUCAUUACUCCUUUUUAACAACUCACUCCUAUGGUCACAGCUUGGAUUUUUGCCCCUGAGAACUUCACCAUUUUAUUUUAUUUUAUUUUUUAAAAGACUUAUUUAUUUAUUUGAAAAUCAGAGUUACACAGAGAGAAGAGCCAGGCAGGGAGGGAAGGAGGGAGGGAGAGAGAGAGAGAGAGAGAAAGAAAGGAUUUCCAUCCAGUGGUUCACUCCCCAGAUGGCUGCAACUGCUGGAGCUACACCGAUCCGAAGCCAGGAGCCAGGAAAUUCCUCUGGGUCUCCCACGUGGGUGCAGGGGCCCAAGGACUUGGGCCAUCCUCUACUGCUUUCCCAGGCCAUAGCAGAGAACUGGAUCAGAAGCAGCCAGGUCUCGAGCCAGCACCCAUAUGGGAUGCUGGCUUUUCAGGCCAGGGCUUUAACCCACUGUGCCACAGCACCGGCCCCAACUUCAGCAUUUUAAACUGCAGUCACCAUUCUGUCAGACCAUAAUUUCCACUAGUCUGCUUCUCCCAUGCCUCCUAAUCUUCUGUUGGACCUCUUCAAGACUUUUAGUCUUUUUUUUAUCAGUCUCUGUUUUUUCUCCAUUCUUUUCAAUCUCCUUCUCACCUUAUAGAACCCCAUGUUCUGUUCCAAGAACUGCUCUCACUGCAUCCUUAUCCUCUGUUCCCUUCUUUUUAUCUUGCCAGAAGCUCCCCUGUCUCACAGAUUCCUGAUUCCAUUAUCUAAUGUGGAGAUUUGAAUGUAUUGUAUAGUAUUUGUCGGUAUAACGGUUGAUUUCCAUUCCUAAACUGGACCCUUGGAUAUAUCAUACUUUCUAAUGAAAACUGAGUUUUCUAGGCUGCCUGUAUUUUCAUUGUUUUGCUGAACUCUUCAGGAUCUCAUUCCUGUUUAUCAUUUAGUUUCUAAUGACAAAGGAAAUAUUUGGAAAAUACUUUGAGUUCCAUUCCUUCAUAUUCUAUCAGCUUUCAAUCUUGAUUUAAAAAGCACAUAACCAACAGCAUGUAAACCAAUCCUGGUGAAUUCUUUUGCUUAAAUAAAACAAAACAUCCUUAUUUAUAAAUGUUCCAGCUUAUAUUAAAUUUUAGAACCAAUGCAGCAUGAGAUCAUUCAACAGAAUAUUUAGUAACACAUUCUCUUUGGGUAGCUUUUGUUGAUGGGCCAACCAGCCAUUCUGCUGGAAUCUGAUUUAGAAAAUAGUGUGUAUAGAAAUAUGUCUGAGAGAGAAAGGGCGAUUUAGUCUCCAUUUAAUUUUCAUUCUUAGAUCAGUUUUUGUGUAUGAAAUGCUUGCAGUUAUUUUUAGUACUGUGGGAGUGGCUAAAGACUAUUUACUUACUUUCAAGAUGUUUCCAUUUUGAAUUUACCAUCCAGAGAUACCAGACAUUAAAACAUGAACUCACACACAGCGAAGUGAGAGAAAUAAUGGUAUUUAUAUGUUAAUUCCACAAGGCCUUACAUUUACUCUAUUCCCUCUGGCCAUAUACCAGGUGGAAAAAAGCAAGGACUCCACUAUUAAAAAUAUCAACUGAGAUAGUUCCAGCUGGGGUUUUGUAAUCAUUUAAAAGGCAAAAUAUGGGGUCACUUUUAAUAUCUUAAGUAGAUAACCAUCUUAGCAUUUACUUUAGAUAUUAAAUCUGAAGUAAAUUAUCUUUAGCAUUAUUGACUAAAUUGAACCUGCUAGCAAUUUCUAGUUUUUGAGUAUUUUCCUUAAAAGAAGCAUUGUAGUUCAGUUUCUAGUCAACUAUUUUCCCAAAAUUAUCUGUCCUAGGAAUAUCCAAUUAAUCAAUAUAGUAAUCAAAAAAGUUGACUCACUAAUUGGAUUUAAGUGCCACAAGAGUCUUCACCACAUUAUUUUAAUCAAUUUGUUGGAAAAUCAAUUUUCUCAUGGCUGAAUGUGUAUAAAAAUGAGACAGUUUGAAUGAGUUACAUAGAGAUGUUUGUACAUGUAAUUCCCUCGAGAUUUUAAGAACAGAUUCCUAAUUGUAUAUCUGAAUAGUUUAAAGCCUUUAAAUGAAAUUUGGAAGCAAGAAGAUGCUCUCCCUGUCUAGGCCAGUGUUUCUGGAUCCUCAUCUUAUGUGCACAUUAGUUAUAUAAUAGUUAGUAGCCAAUACUGGAGUUGAGGCAAAAAAUUAUCCUCUUUUGUCUUUUAAUUUAUUAUUUUAUUUUAGUGCCUUUUUAUUUAAGGUGAUUAACAGACCAGUUUGUGUUGAUCAAGGUUGAGUCUUAUAAAGUUCAAGUUUUUAGAAGGUAGCCCUGAUGGCCUUGUAUAUAUAAGUAUUUUAUUUUUCUUUGUAUUAGUCAUUGUGGUUGAAUGAUUUAUUGGUAGCUGGUGAGUCACAGCAGUGUUUCCUAUUCUCUAAUGAAUCACCUAGCAACACACAAGUUUGUUUAUUUUCUUUCCUUUCUAGAUCUUUCACCUAAAAAAGAUGUUUUACUAGUUGGUAGGUUAAAAUUUCAGUUUGCCACUUUAACUGUUAGAUCUGGAAAAUAUCAAAACGCUACUCAGAAAAAGUAUAUUGAUUUAGAAAACUUCUGUUUAGCACCUAGUGUGGUCCUGGUACUCUGGUGGAUGUGGGAAUUUGAAGAUGUAUAUAUGACAGGCUGGACUGGAGGUGAUCCUGUGGUAUACUCCUAAAGGACUAGGCCAAAGUCAGUACCCUAAAGUGGGACCCAAUCAGGAAGAGAUAAAGGAACUACUUUUUCCCCGGAGUUUUUUGUCUGUCAUUUACAUGAAAAGUGUACAUUUCAUUUAUAUGAAAACUUUUGAAUAAAGUUGUGUGCUGUCAAAUAUUUUUUCACUUUAGAUCCUCCACCAGUAACUUCCAAACCACCUACUGCAACAACUACCUUUUCUCAGUGUUUAUGAUUAUUUUUAUCUACUCCAGGCCUACCCCACUAGUCUUCAAAAUGUGAUUUGCUUGAGUCUGUUGUUUUAAAGGGGGAGAAAAUAAUGAAGCAAUCUUUGUUCCUCUCUUUUUCCUUCCCUCGCUUCUUUCAUACUUCCUUCUUUUCCUUAAAAGGAUGAGAGAGCAUUUGAGUUUUUUAGUAGCUAAUUUAUCAGUAAACUCAGGGCCCAUCACUGGAUUUUGUCUCAGGUCACAUGUUACCUAAAGCAUGGGAGGUUUCUGAAGGAGGAUCGCAGUAUCAUAACAAAAAAGAGCACUCACUGGCACCCAUACUCUCAGGUUCAGUGUCAGUGUGUUAUAGCCAAUUUCCAUGUACAGUACCUAGAUAAUUGGUUUAUGGGGAUUAUAUAUAUAUAUAUAUUUAAUAAGCUGGCCCUCAGAGGCUUUAAAUGGAUUUCUACAAAGAAACCAUAGAGGGCGGGUGCUGUGGCAAAGCAGAUAAAGCCACUGCCUGCAGUGCAGUUCGAGACCAGGCUUCUCCACUUCCGAUCCAGCUCUCUGCUAUGGCCUGGGAAAGCAGUAGAAGAUGGCCCAAGUCCUUUGGGUCCCUGCAGCCGUGUGGGAGACCUGGAAGAAGCUCCUGGCUCCUGGUUUCAAAUCAGCACAGCUCUAGCUGUUGCGGCCAUCUGAGGAGUAAACCAACAGAUGGAAGGUCUCUUUUUCUGUCUCUGCCUCUGCCUCUGCCUCUACCACUCUAUAACUCUGACCUUCAAAUAAAUAAAUUUAAAAGAAAGAAAAAAACAUAGAUUGAAGGUAAAACUAAAAAUGUAAGUUCAACCAAGAUGUUAUUGCUGAUACUACUACACUUAGAUUUUGUGUAGUUUUUUUUUUUUUAAGAUUGAUUAUUUUGCCGGCGCCGCGGCUCACUAGGCUGAUCCUCCACCUGUGGCGCCGGCACCCCGGGUUCUAGUCCCGGUUGGGGCGCCGGAUUCUGUCCCGGUUGCCCCUCUUCCAGUCCAGCUCUCUGCUGUGGCCCAGGAAGGCAGUGGAAGAUGGCCCAAGUGCUUGGGCCCUGCACCCACAUGGGAGACCAGGAGGAAGCACCUGGCUCCUGGCUUCAGAUCGGUGCAGUGUGCCAACUGUGGCGGCCAUUUUGGGGGUGAACCAAUGGAAAAGGAAGACCUUUCUCUCUGUCUCUCUCUCUCUCACUAACUCUGCCUGUCAAAAAAAAAAAAAAAGAUUGAUUUAUUUGACAGUUAGAGGGAGAGACAAAGGGAGAUUUCCAUCUACUGGUUCACUCUCCUAGAUGGCCACAACAGCCAGUGUUGGGGCCAGGACAAAGCCAACAACUUCUUCCAAGUCUCCCACGAGGGUAGCAAGGGCCCAAGCAUUUGGGGGCCAUCUUCUGCUACUUUUUUUCCAGGCCAUUAGCUGGAAGCUGGAUUGGAAAUGGAGCAGCCAGGACACAAAACAGCGCCAAUAUGGGAUGCUGGCAUUGCAAGCUGCAGCUUUACCCACUACACCACAAUGCCUGCCCCGUAUUAUAUAGUUUUGUUUUGUUUUUAAAGGUUUAUUUAUUUAUUUGAAAGAGUUAACAAAGAAAGAGGGAGAGACAAAGGGAGAGAGCAAGAAAUGAUAGUCUAAUCAAUUCUAGCAAGAUGUCAGUAACUCCCAAAUUAAAAAUUAUCAGGAAAAUUAUUUGGAUUUGCAUCCAUUCAUUAUUGCUAAAUUAUCAAAAAUAUUUGGAGAUAUGUAGCUACUCAGUCCUUUUCGAUCCAUUGAUACUAUUCUCUCUGUUUUGAAACUUGUUGCUUUCUUGGCUGCUCAAGCACGUUUCUCUUAAUUUCUUUUUUCUUUGUUACUUCUUCUCCCUAUUGCAGAGUUCUAUUAUGAUCUUCGGCAUUUCUGAAGGAUAGUAAUUGAGAGGCAUAAAUAAGCCUGCCCGAAAGAAAACAGACUUGUAUGAUAAGUCAUUCCAGAUGUAUUUCAAAGCCUUUGUAGCCAGAUCAUAUCUGGGAACUCGAGAAUUUUAUUUUUUAUGACUUUAUUAAGAUUGUGUGAGUCAAAAAGAAAAAAAGUAGCAGAUGAACUCAAAACUCAGUAUCAUGACAACUGUCCAAACCAAUCUACAGAUUUAAUAUAAUCAUUCAAGAUACCAAAAGCAUUUUUUUUUACAAAAAUUUUAAAAACCUGUCCUAAAAUAUGUACUUGAAUCUUAAAGGACUUCACAUAGCCAAAAUGAUCUUUUAAAAAAGCAACGAAGUUGGAGGACUCACACUUUGGAUUUUAUACCUUGCUAUGGGUAGAAAGCAUCCUUACUCUGAAAAUCCAAAAUCUGAAACUUUGAGCAUCAACAUGACAUCACAAGUAGAAAACUCUGCAUGUAACCUCAUAUGAAAGGUCUGAAUCAAAAUGCAGGAUCACUAAAACUGUUGUCUAAAAUUACCCUCAGGCUCUGUGCUUUAGGUAUAUAUGAAACAAAUGAAUUUUAUGUUUAGACUUGGAUCCCAUCCCUAAGAUAUCUUAUUAUAUAUAUGGAAAUAUUCAAAAUCUGAGAAAAUUUGAAAUCUGAAACACUUAUAAUCUCAAGCAUUACUAAAAAGGGAAACUCAACCAUUCUAGGCUACAGUAAUCAAAACUAUGUUGUACUGGCAUAAAGAUGGACAUACAGGCCGUUGCCGCAGCUCACUUGGCUAAUCCUCCGCCUGUGGCGCCGGCACCCCGGGUUCUAGUCCCGGUCAGGGCACCGGAUUCUGUCCCGGUUGCUCUUCUUCCAGUCCAGCUCUCUGCUCUGGCCCCGGAAGGCAGUAGAGGAUGGCCCAAGUGCUUGGGCCCUUCACCUGCGUGGAGACCAGGAAGAAGCACCUGGCUCCUGGCUUCGGAUUGGCGCAGCACACCAGCCUUAGCGGCCAUUUGGGGGGGGUGAACCAACAGAAAAGGAAGACCUUUCUCUCUGUCUCUCUCUCUGUCUCUCUCUCACACUGUUGAACUCUGCCUGUAAAAAAAAAAAAAAAAGAUGGACCUAUAGACUAGUGGUGUAAACAGCCUCAUGUAUGUGGUCAAUUGAUUUCUGAGAAGGGUACCAAGUAAGUCACACGGCCAAACUCAAAGGAGCAAGUACUUUCUGCUUAUAUGAAGCCAUGGCAAGAGUGUGGGUGAAUACUACUACCAUAGGACAAUCAAGACAUGAGAUGAGUAUUUAACUUUUUCUCAAUGAUAGAAGGGUAUCUGUGGCUCUUUUCCAUUUCCUGGUUUUGGUGUGUUUAUACUUGUGUAUGCAUAAACUUCAGUUGACUUCAGCAAUAUCCAAUAAUUGUUCCUACUUCUAGUUGUUCCGUCAGACUUUUUUAGUUUCUUUCUUUUUUUUAAGAUUUACUUUGUUUAUUUGAAAGGCAGAGUGAUAAGGAGAGACACAGAGAGAUGAUCUGUCCACUGGUUCACUCCCCAAAUGGUGGCAACUGCUCGACCAGCAGAAGCCAGAAGCCAGGAGAUUCUUCCUGGUCUCCCAUGUGGGUGCAAGGGUCCAAGUACUUGGUCUCUCUUCUGCUGCUUACCCAAGCACACUAGCAGGGAGCUAGAUUGGAAGUAGAGCAGCUGGGACUCAAACAGGCACCCAUAUGAGGUGUCCACAGCUUUACCCACCACAAUACAAUGCUGGCUUCCAGUUUCUUGCUUUUUAUGUAAUACAGAUAUGAUAACUGAUAAUAAAGAUUGAUAGAACUAUAGAUAAUGAAAGUGUCCCUCAAGUGAGGCACAAGUGAGGGCCCAAGUAGUAAAGUGUAUGUUACUAAUGUUCUUUCAAAUAACUGGGUACUGUUUGUUUUUUCCAAGUUACCUAUUUCAUAAUUGUUUGAAUUAGUCAUGUAUUGUAUAUAUUUGUUUCUAAAAAAGCUUGAGGGGCUGAUGCUCUGAUGUAGUAGACUAAGCCUCUGCCUGUGACAUUGGCAUCCUGUAUGGGCACCAGUUUGUGUCUCAGCCACUUCUCUUCCAAUCCCACUGCCUGGGAAGUGGAAGAUGGCCCAAGUGCUUGGGCUCCUGCGCCCACAUGGAAGACCCGAAGAAGCCCCUGGCUCCUGGCUUUGAAUCGGCCCAGUUCCAGCCAUUUGGGGAGUGAACCAGCAGAUGAAAGACCUUUCUGUCUGUCCCUCUCUCUGUAAUUCUGCCUCUCAAGUAAAUAAGUAAAUCUUUAAAAAAAAAAAAAAAAAAAAAAGAAGAAUCUUGAGCAAGGAGUAUUUAGAAUAGUGGUUAAGGCAUCCAGUUCUCGCCUUUCCGGCCUACCCACGGGAAUAUGCCUCUCACAAAGGAUCUCCUCCAUCCCUCUCCAGAAGAGGAGAAGAGGAAACACAAGAAGAAGCACCUGGUGCAGAGCCCCAAUUCCUAUUUCAUGGAUGUGAAGUGCCCAGAAUGCUAUAAAAUCACCACGGUUUUCAGCCAUGCACAAAUGGUAGUUUUGUGUGUUGGCUGCUCCACUGUUCUCUGCCAGCCUACAGGAGGAAAAGCAAGGCUUACAGAAGGAUGUUCCUUAAAAAGGAAGCAGCACUAAAAGCACCCUGAAUCAAGAUGAGUGGGAAACCUUCCCAAUAAACACAUUUUGCAUUUAAAAAAAAAAAUCCAGUUCUCUUAUCAGAGUUCCUGGAUUCAAUUCCCUACUCUGGCUCCUGACUCAAGUUUUCUGCUAGUACAGACCCUAGGAUGAAGUAGUGAUGGCUCAACUGUUUGGGUCCCUGCUACUCAUGUGGAAACCUUGGAUUGAGUUCCCAGCUCUCAGCUGUUGCCAUGGCUGUUGUAAACAUUUAGGGAGUGGAUGGGCACAUGGAGCUCUCUGUCUCUGUCUCUCUACCUCUCAAAUAAAUUUUUUAAAAAUUCAAAAUAUUUGUAUAGAACAGUUUUCAUAAAGAUGGGUGCUUUUUAUGAUUUUCUUUUAUAAAGACAGUUUUAGUUAGAACUGAGCUAUUUAUUGAUGGUUGACAGUUCCUAAUGGAUGGCAUGAAAUCAGUUAUGCCUAUUAGCUAGAGCAUUUUAAUAUCAAGACCAGGCUAAUGUAUCUUAUUUGAAGAGUGAUUAAUUAUAGGGAGGGUCAGAAGGAUGGUUAGAAAAUGAAAGGGGUAUAAAACACAAUACAGUGAUAGUGUGAGGGGAUAGUAAUAAUAAAAAUAGCUGACUUAGCUCUUAGAAGAUGUGUUUAAUUUACUUGAUUCAUUUCUCUAGCAAUAAAAUAGUGCCCAGGAGUUUCUCUGCCUUGCACCAUCUUUUUUCUUUUUUCUUUUUUUUUUCCCACCCUUACUAUAUCUGCUGUAAAAAUUAAGGCUUUUAGUUGCUGUUAGAUCCAACCCUUUUUCAAAACAUAGAUGUAGUAGUAUAUUAGUUUCAAAAUGUAAACCUAAAAUCUUAAUAGAGUCACUAAUUCUAAAUAUCAAGUGUAGUCUGACCCCUUUUCAUAAAUUUUUUUGUUUUAAUUUUUUCCUCCUGAAUUUGCUAUUAUCAAAAAUAUGUAGGAAUAGGUUUAGAAGUAGCUAUAUAGAAAUACUUGAGAUAAAUUAUCCAAAGUUCAAAAAAUCAGAAUGUUUUUUUUUUUUUUUUUUUUUUUUUUUUUGGCAGAGUGGACAGUGAGAGAGAAAGAGACAGAGAGAAAGGUCUUCCUUUUGCCGUUGGUUCACCCUCCAAUGUGGUGCGCUGCGGCUGGCGCAUCGCUGAUCCGAAGCCAGGAGCCAGGUGCUUCUCCUGGUCUCCCAUGCAGGUGCAGGGCCGAAGCACUUGGGCCAUCCUCCACCGCACUCCUGGGCCAUAGCAGAGAGCUGGCCUGGAAGAGGGGCAACCGGGACAGAAUCCGGCACCCCGACCGGGACUAGAACCCGGUGUGCCAGAGCCGCAAGGUGGAGGAUUAGCCUAUUGAGCCACGGCACCGGCGAUUUUAUUGAUAUCUAAAUAGGCUGGGGUUUUGUGUGUACGUAUGUUUAUUUUCAUUUCCUUGAAAGGCAGACUUGACAAAUAAAUGUUUCAGUACACUCCCCAAAUUGCCCAGCCAUGGCUGGGCAGGCCAAAAUUGGGAGUCUAGAACUCCUUCUGGGUUUUCCGUGUGGGUGGGAAGUAAAAUGAAGCCUCUUAAUCCUUCUGGUCUCAGAGGAACCUUAUGUUCGUUCAAUAACUACUUCUUUGCUGUAAUAAAGUCUGAGUUUCUUCAGUACACAAGAUUGUUUUGUUUUGUUUGAGAGGUAGAGUUACAGAGAGGAAGACACAGAGAAAGGUCUUUCAUCCUCUGGUUCACUCCCCAAUUGGCCGCAAGGGCCCAAUAACAUGGGCCAUCCUCUACUGCUUUCCCAGGCCAUAGCAGAGAGCUGGGUCAGAAGAGGAGCAGCUGGGAGACGAACUGGUGCCCAUAUGGGAUGCCAGCGCUGCAAGCAAAGGCUUAGCCCACUGUGCCACAGCACCAGCCCCUAGUACACAAGAUUUUAACUAGGUAUUAAGUGAUAGUUCUAGUUCAGCUGACUUAAGAGAAUACAAGAGAUGUGUUCAUUGGGCGGGCAUAGGUUAAGCCUCCGCCUGUUUUGCCAGCGUCCCAUAUGGACACCAGUUCAAGUCCCAGUUGCUCUAUUUUGAUCCAGCUCCCUUCUAAUGGCCUGGGAAAGCAAUGGAAGCUAGACUAAGUGCUUGGGCCCCUGUAGCCAUGUGGGAGUCCCAGAAGAGGCUCCUGGUUCCCAGCUUCGGAGCAGUCCAGCUCUGCCUAUUGUGGCCAUUUGGGGAGUGAUGCAGCAGAUGGAAGAUGUCUUUCUCUGUCUCUUCUUUUUAUCUAUAACUCUACCUCUCAAAUAAAUAAAUAAAUCUUUAAAAAAAAGAUGUGUACUACUGAUUUUUUAAAAAAGGUAAUUGGUAACAAAAAUGCAGAAUUCUAGGCAAUGUAACAGGUUCUUACUUCACAACUCUUCAGCUCUUUGUUUUAAUCCCUUUCCAACCUAGAACAAAUUCAUUGUAUAGGAUUGUGGUGGUGUUCCUGGUGUAAAAUAAGUUGAGUUUCUGAAAUGCCUGAGAGUACCACAAUGACUAAGGAUCCUGUUCCUCAUCAGAAUGAAUAGAACCUUCCAUGAAAGUUAAAUCUUGUCCUUUUCACCAAAUACUUUGUGACAUUCUAUCAAUAUAAAGCUACAUAAAACUGGUGAAUUUUGUAUGAGAUCACCAUUUUGGAAAAUAUCUUUUCUUCCUUGGUUGUGUACUAGAGAUAAAAUAAUUGUGUUUAAUAAGCUACUUCAUAUGUUUUAUAUUUCAGAAUUUGAGGAUCCAGUAUUCAGAAUUUAAGUUUUUUAUAGAAUAAGCUGCCCCAGAUAGCCAUUUGUUUUACAUUUAUCAUGCAUUAAGGAUCAUAUAUGCAUUCUUUGAGAGUACACAGUCUGGGAGGCUGUUAUAAAUCAAUGACAAAGGGGCCAACGCUGUGGCAUAGUGGGUAAAGCUGCCACUUGCAGUGCUGGUAUCCCAUAUUGGCGCCUGUUUGAGUCCCGGCUGCUCCACUUCCAAUCCAGCUUUCUGCUAUGGCCUGGGAAAGCAGAAGAUGGCCCAAGUCCUUGGACCUGUGCACCUAUAUGGGAGACCUGGAAGAAGCUUCUGGCUCCUAAGUUUGGAUCAGCCCAGCUCUGGCCAUUGGGGCCAUUUGGAGAGUGUAUCAGCGGAUGGAAGACCUCUCUCUCUCUCUCUCUGCCUCAGCCUCUGUAACUCUGCUUUUCAAAUAAAUAAAUAAAUCUUAAAAAAAAUCAGUGACAAAGUAUUCUCAAACUAUAGGUAAUGCAAAUUUAAUUGCAAAAUAAUACUCUUAUGUCCUCUUAUUACCUUGAAAUCUUUUCAGUCAAUGUUCUUGUAUUGUUUAAUUCCAUUUUGUAUCAGUAAUUGCAUUUAUUAAAAGCAUUGUUUGUUAUAAGAAAUGCUGAUCUUAGUGAAUCUCAAAUAUAGCAAUGGAAAUGUUCUUUAAUAAAUAAUUGAAAGAGUUUUUUUUUUGUUUGUUUAAGAUUUUAUUUAUUUGAGAGGUCAAGUUAAAGACAGUGAGGGGGAGAGACAGAGAGGUCUUCCAUCUUCUAGUUCACUCCCCAACGGCCACAACAGCUGCAGCUGGAUUGAUCCGAAGCCAGGAGCUUCCUCCAGUUCUCCCAUGUGGGUGCAGGGGCCAUCUUCCACUGCUUUCCCAGACCAUAGCAUAGGUCUGGAUCAGAAGUGGAGCAGCCAGGACUAGAAUUGGUGCCCAUAUGAGGUGCUGGUGCCAUAAGCAGAGGAUUAACCCACUGCACCACAGUGUCAACCCCAUUUUUUAAAUUAAUUUAUUUAUUUAUUUUACUACUUUUCACAGUCCAGUACUGGUCUGAUUGGCUUUUGUGUCCAGAAUAUUGUAUAAAUGAUAACUAAAUUAUGGCAUAAAAAAUAUCUCUUCAAAAAAUCUCACAAAGUGUGCUGCAUAAUAGCUUAUUAUAAGUAGGUUAAAUAAACCGGUUUUAUCUCAAGUGGCUUACUGUAUUAAAAGAAUUUAAUAUAUUCAGCUUUACUGCUGAAACACCAAAUGAAUUCUGACACCUCUGAUGAGAUGAUUAAAGUAGGGAAUUUCUUCUUU